AUGUUGAAACCCGAUGCUCAACCGGAGGAGAAGCCGGAAACUCAGAUCGCGAUCAGCCACGGCCCCGCGGCAUCAGGAACCACUUUGCUGCCCCGCCCAGUCGCGUCUUUAGUUUCUUUGGUGACGCAGUCGACGUCGCUCUCCCUUCGAAUUGGGACCUUCUUCGGUGGGGUGGCCCUUGAUGGGGCCCGCGCGACGACGUUGACAGGGCUUGAGCUGGGCCGUGCUGUGAUAGAAGGCAUUUUGACUCGGGCUGGUAGAGAUGUGGCAUUGCGAAGUGGUGAUGAACAUGGAAGAGCUGAAGCCGAGAGUCUUUUGGAGCGCAGUUUAGCAACUCUACAUACCACAGUGACCUCUGCUUCGUUCUUUGCUGCUGCGACUUUCCACUUUUCCUCAACGACGCUGGCAUCAGUUGCAAAUUUCUCACAGGCGCUUUUGUCGACGCUUGAUGCUAUUCUCGGGUCCACUGAAUCCUCAAGGGCCAUUGCUGCCAUCAUCACCCUCAUUCGAAGAGAAUUUCGACCGGUAAACCCUACGAGUAGUGAAAAGAUUGGCGUCGGAGACCUUCUCAUAGGGUCACUCGGGUUCGCUCUUUUGCAGCGGUGGGGCAAGAAAAACACAGAGAGAUGCCUCCGCGAGAAUGGAGGGGAUGAGAUUAUCUGGGAUACCGUCAUUCUGGAUACUGGUGCAAGGGCUGAUGUGGUCGGAACACAUCAAGUACGCUUCGCCAAUCCAGACCAUAAUGCACCAGAUGAAGCGGAAAGGGCUUCAUUCAUGGCCCCGGGAGCGGGGAUGAGCCUUUCAACGCUGUACAGCGACGAUCGAGUGUGGAUACCACAGGAUCCCGGGCAACAAGCAGUGUCAGAUGAAGAUAUACGGGCUUACAUAGUGAGCCAAUUGCCCCAAGGCUGUCAUGCCUCGAUCAGGUCAGAGGUGCUCACUGCUCGAACAAUCACGGUCGAUAUCUUUGACGAUGAUUCGGCGGAGAUUGCUGCUCCUCCGGGAACCAUGAUGCGACUAUACCGACUCCACCCUGAGCAGCAGCAACUUCCGAAGCAUACAAUGGUCUUUCGGACGGCGUUGAAUAAAUCGCAGAGCACUCAGUUGCGACCUAUCGAUCGUCCGAUUACCCCAUCCACCGAAUCGAAACCGCCACAGAAUGCUCUACAGGGGAAUCCGCCAUCACCAGCACAGCCGAGAGGCGCACUAAAACGGGUUAACUCUCAGCCUGAACCUGCCCACACUCUGCUCAACCCAGACAUGAAUGGCUCGAAUGUACCUAAUCAGCCCCAAAAUUCGUCCGCAAAGGGUUCUUUCACUAGGCUGGCCCAGCGAGUCAAGCCCAACGGUCCAGAAAAGAAAGAUGGGAAAGACAGUGCUAAACGUCAACCUCCAAAAAAGCCCACCAUUAAAGUUCCAACUUCUCCAGUCGCGCCCAAUGGUCGACAUGCAGCAAGGCCGGUUAAAGGAGCCGCUGGUCCCAAAGAAGCCACCACGCGAGAAAUCGCCUCCCGGACAGGUGCAAUCCACCGCCCAGAUGAAGCACCUGAAUACCGUCCUAGUACACCUGCCCCCAAUCGAGGUCUUCGAAGGUCACCAUUCCCUGGAUCUCCGCAUGGCCAGCCGGCUCAAUUGCAGGCCCGGAACGUACUCUCGCGUGGAAUGCACGACCGGAACCCCCCAAGCGGCCAUUUUGUCGCCCACGAGAAGAGUCAGGAAUCGCUGCUGACACACACUGAUGCCUUCUCACGACGCAGUUCCGAUAUGCGCCCGGGCUCGCCAGCUGCCACUCGCACCCAUGUACGGAGCAGUAGCUCGCUCUCCGUGACCAGGUCAGAGACUGACGGCGGAGGAUCAAUCCAUGACUAUCGCUCGGCAUCCCCAGCAUUGCAUCGGCGGUCGAAAUCAUACACUCCCAGCGUGUACUCUGUUGCUACUGCUGGGUCCGAGACCUCGCUCAUUUUGGCGCAUCGGCCACGCAUGAGUGCCUACGAGGAUAUCGAAACCAUCCAAGCGCUGAACCGCGAUGGCCUCAUUCCCGGGAUCUUUCCCGAAAGGCACUUUGUUCAGAACAUUCGCCGCUUCUGCCGCUUUUCGUCCGCCUCGUACGGGGCCAACGCCCUCAAGGUCAUGGGAGUGCAGAGUACCGCGAAGAGCCUGCCACAGGCUACAUCCGAUACGCAUGAGCAUAGCCACUUUUCAGAUUAUGCCGGCCUACCGCCAUCGACGAUCCUUCUAUCGUCGUUCGUUGAUCCCGCCGGGGGCACCAACGCAGCUGGCGAGACGGAGAGCGGGUUCCCACUUGUCCAUUACUUGUCUAUCGAUCAUGACUCCAAAGCCAUAGUCCUGACGCUCCGUGGAACAUGGGGCUUUGAAGACAUCCUCACAGACAUGACCUGUGACUACGAUGAACUCGAAUGGCAAGGCCGAAGCUGGAAAGUCCACAAAGGCAUGCAUGCCUCUGCCAAGCGUCUCCUCGAAGGCGGCGGUGGUCGAGUGAUGAUCACCCUCCGCGCUGCGCUGGAGGAGUUUCAAGAUUACGGCAUCGUCCUCUGCGGACACUCGCUCGGCGGAGGCGUGGCCGCUCUGCUAGCUACCAUGAUCUCGGAGCCUAGUAGCUCUCCCACGGGCACUUCGUUCGUCACCGCGUCCCAUCCACCUGGCAUCCAAGCUCGUCUUCUGGGCGCCGAUAGCUCGCCGACAAGGGCGCCUCCUCGCACUUAUGAUCUUCCUGCGGGUCGUCCCAUCCAUGUCUACGCAUACGGCCCACCGGCCGUGAUGUCUCCAUUCCUCCGGCUCGCCACCCGCGGCCUCAUUACGACCGUCGUGAAUGGGCAAGACGUCGUGCCGACCCUCUCCCUCGGAAUCCUGCAUGACAUGCAUACCGUCUCGCUCGCAUUCAAAAGCGACAUAUCAGGCGCGAAGUCCCACGUCCGCCAGCGCCUGCACCAACGCCUCCGCGAGAGCAUCAUCCACAAAUUCUACGUCAAUCAGCCCCCUCUCGUGAUCAAUGCGGGGGACGGCGUCGGCGAGGAUGCCUGGGCGUGGAAGACCCUGGGCCUGCUGCGCGACGAGAUGCGAGCACCAAAGCUCCAGCCUCCGGGCGAGGUGUUUGUCGUUGAGACGAUGCGUGUUUUGCAGCGGGAGGCUUUUACUCCGGCACCGGAUUUCGCGGGCUCGGAUGGGUAUCCCAGACUUGGACGGCCGGCCACGCGAGUGCAGAUGCGGUUUAUCCGCGAUGUUGAUGCGUGGUUUGGAGAGCUGAGGUUUGCGUCGGGGAUGCUGAGUGAUCAUAACCCGGCGCGAUAUGAGACCAGCCUGGCUGCGCUGGCGAGGGGAGUGGUUGAUGAUUGA